AUGGAGAGGUAUGCUCUGACGUUGUUGAUGCUGUUGUGCUCUGUCCUCGAGGAGAAGAGUCGUCUGCUAACAGCCAGUCUGGCUCCUCAGACGAUCCACAUACAUUACACUGGCAUAAUCGAUGUCACGAAUGAAAUGCGCCGCAUCCUGGGUCGGAGCGUGAACGCGAAGACGACGGACUUCGGAAGCUCCUUCAUCCAUGUAUCCUUCGAAACGGGCUCAAUCCGAUAUAAAUCGUUGGAACAGGCACUCUUUGUCGGAUCUGGAAGAUUCAUUAUUGAUGAGCGCGGGCUUACCGUCGAAUACCGGAUAAGCAAGGUCUGUAAAGGACUUGGCGCGGCCGCGGAGGACCCUGAAGCUGCUCCUGUGGAAGGUGAUAACGCUGGCGGAGCUCAAGCAGAGACCUCAAGACCGAGCGCCUGA